GAGCUCACAGGAACGGCCAGGCUCACUUUCCCGCGCAAAGCGCCGUAAAGCAAGCCAGGAAAUUCUGGAAAAAAAAGUCUGGGAAGUCAGGAAUCGUGGCUGGGCUGCUGCAGCCAAGCUUGCUAGCGUGCCGCCGCCACGGGUCCGCCGACAUCAGGAUAAAUCGGGCGGCCGCUUGCUCGCGUGCGGCUUUUCGCACUGCUGUCGUGCGGCCCCCGUUUUGCUCCAGCCUUGGGACGGCUUGCCCGUGGCUUUGUGCCGCAGUCAUGCAGCCGGACUGUCGUGUGCCUUUCUGUUGGCUCUGCUUGGGACCGACGGCCAGGAGGUGACGGCGAUGUGGCCGCCCCUGGCUUUCUCUCUCUUUCUUUCUUUCUUUCUUCCUCCUCGUCGCCAUUUCAUUUUCAGCCUCUCGUCUGAACCGCCGCCGCCAUGUCAGCCACCCUCUUGAGCUCGCCUCUGCCAGCAAGCCACGCCGGGCCAACAUGGGCGCCAUCGUCAUCCUCCUUCCCGCAAAUCCCCAGCCUGGCACACACUGCUCGGACCGCACCUUUCAACCGGCCCGGGCUCGGGAACCAAUGCUACCGCUACCGAACAAGACCUUCUGCAACACGGUCCGGCAAGAUGCGACUGACGGCUCCCUCCAGAAGCCACAACUUCGGCUUGCUGCGCAUCGCCGAGGAGGUUCGCGUCGUCGAACUCGACGCCUACCGCGAGGGCCAGCCAACCACGAACAGCGCUGCCGGGAAGAGCACCAUCUGCUUCUCCGACGAGACGCUGGGCCACGUCUUGUCGAACAUGGCCGUGGUCGUCCCCAGCAAGGACGAGGAGCUCUCCGUCGUCCGGGACGUCAUCUCCGCCAUCCCCGCCCCCUGCGUGGUCAUCCUCGUCUCCAACUGCCCCCGGCGGCCGUCUGCCGACCCCUACCUCCAGCAGGUAGCGAUGCUCGAGGAAUUCGGCGGCUACGGAAGACAGGUGGUCGCCAUCCACCAGAAGGACGCCCGAGCGGCCGCUGCAUUCCGGGCGGCUGGCCUGCCGGAGCUGCUGGACCCGACCGACGGCACCAUACAGCACGGCAAGGGAGAGGGCAUGCUGCUCGGCAUCGCGCUUGCCGCAGCCCUCUGCCCCGAGCGGCGCUACAUCGGCUUCGUCGACGCCGACAACUUCAACGCCGGGUCCGUCAACGAGUACUGCAGGGCCUUUGCCGCCGGCUUCGCCAUGUCGCGCGACCCCGAGAUCGAGCACACCAUGGUGCGCCUGAAGUGGGCGUCCAAGCCCAAGCUGCGCCAGGACGGCCGCUACGAGAACGUGGCCGAGGGCAGGUGUUCGCGCAUCGUCAACCCGUGGCUGAACCGCGUUUUUGCUGCGAGCCGGGGCCGGCCGUCAGCAGCGACGGCCCUCGGCGCCGACGCUGAAUGUCCUUUCGUCACGACGGCCAACGCCGGCGAGCACGCCAUGACCAUGGGCCUGGCGCUCAAGCUCCGGAUCGCCGCCGGCUACGCCAUCGAGCCGUUUCACUUCGUCGACCUGCUCGAGCGGGGACAUCUCCUGCCGCUCUCGGAACCGGAGCCGGAGCCGCCGGGCCAGACGAACGGCCGCACAAUCGGCAAUAAGAAGAACGACGACAACCGCAGCACAGUCCUACCCACCAAUCACCGCAAGCCCGCCCCCGACCGGCCGCCCCGUGCGCUCGACCGACCGGUCAGCGUGCUCCAGGUGCGCACCAUCAACCCGCACUUCCACCGCGCCUCGGACGAGCACCACAUCCGCGGCAUGUGGGCCGCCGGCCUGGGCUGCAUCUACCACGGCCUGGCCGCGUACCGCUCGGCGCCCGACGAGGACAGGGACAGGGACAGGGACAGGGACAAGGAGAAGGACAAUGACGGCGGCGGCGGCGCCAUCGCCGAGCUGCGCGAGGAGAUGGUCCGCUUCGCCGACGGCGCCCUGCCCUGUCCCAGGAUAUACCCCGCGCUGGAGGACCUCGAUAUGGCUGUGUUUGUCAGGGAACUGUUGUUGAAAUCGACAACGGGUGGCAAGGAAGGGCAGACGCUCAGCGCGUUUGGCUUGGUGGAUGCCGCUGUCGGGCAGGAGGUGAAUGGGGAUGUGCACCGGGAGUGAGCGCUGCGAUACUUCUGGUUUUAAUAUUCCGCGCAGCUUUCGCUUUGUUACACUCAUCAACACGCCAGAGUUUUUGCAUGCAAAUAAAAAAAGUACAAUGUCUGCUCUGAAGAGUUCAGAGCUGGUAGUUUUUAAAAGAUAAUUAAGAGACUGAACGACAAUGAAUACCAACAGCAGUCGUUGGUUGGAA